CGUAGUGGCAAUGAUGUUGGUGACCAUCUUACCUUUGCGUGCGGAGUGAAGCAAUGAAGGGAGGUAAUGCUGGGUGACUGUAUGUGGAACGCCUGAGUUGUGCCUUGUUUUCGUGGGAAAAAAGACAAAUCGGUCAGAGUUGGAUUGUCGAGGGACGACGACAACGACGACAGGGCGACGACCGUGUUCAAGGGGAGGGCGACGCUUUUAUUUUUUUUUUACCUUCGAUUAUACUUAAGUUGAUGUAGACACGUCUCUGUCAUUCAGCUUAUCUUUAUCACUAUCUUCGUAUUUUUUUUUCCUUCCUCAAUUGAUGACUUGUCUGAAAAUAUCUCGAGUUUUGGAUUUCUUUCUUCUCGUCUCAAAAGAAAGUCAUUCAAAAAUAUGAGGUUUAAAAAAAAACGUAAUUAUGGCUUAAAAGAAAAGAAAUAGCAAGUUAUUUUCAUGCAAGAACCCGUACAAAGACACAGUCAUUCAGAUAAAUGUAUGAAGUGGGAAAAGCAACACAAUUCGAAGUGAAAGGAACAGACUUACUUUGACCGAGGACUUAAUUUUCCGAUCAACCGAUGACUUGGUAACAAAUUUGUUAUUCUAUUCGUAUAGAUAGAUAUAUGCAAUGAUAUAUAUUUAUACAUUAUAAAUAUUUAUAUAUGUAUAUCAACACAUUGGACGCUGCUCCCUAACAAUAAUUUGUUGUCGAAAGAUCCAAGAUAAAAGAAAAACUUCUUCUACCACCAGUGAUAAGUUAAAACGAUACAUAUAUAUAUUCUUUUACUGUUCCUUAAAAAAAUUUGCAACCAUGGUGACCAAGAGCAAAGAGGUUCUAACAAAUAUUCAACUUCGACGGUUAUUGGAACAUCAGUACAAGGCAGAAGGUUCGUCUCUUCUUGAACCGGUCAUGCAGAAAUUUUGGCGAUGGUUAGUUGAGCAAGUGCCCCGUUGGUGGGCUCCUAAUGCUAUUACGGCCACCGGUCUUGUUUUGAACAUUAUGACCACUCUGGUGAUGGUUUACUACAGUCCUGAUGCUAAACAUAAGGUCCCAUCCUGGGUAUACAUUAUUAAUGCACUGGGAGUUUUUAUAUACCAGUCUCUCGAUGCUAUUGAUGGUAAACAGGCACGGCGUACAUCAACUAGCACACCUCUUGGAGAAUUACUUGACCACGGAUGUGAUUCCUUAUCUACAGUGUUUGUGACAAUAGGGAUCUGCAUCGCCCUUGAGCUUGGUCACCACCUUAACUGGUUCUUCUUUAACUGCUUUGCCAUUAUGUUCCUUUUCUAUUCAGCACAUUGGCAGUCCUAUGUCUCAGGGACACUCAGGUUUGGAAUGAUAGAUGUUACCGAGGGUCAAUUAAUUGUCAUGGCUGUAUAUCUAUUUAACGCAUUUGUAGGAACAGAUUUCUGGCGAUUACAGGUACCUGGUUUAGGCACAAGUUUCCAGCUAAUUCCUGUUUAUUUUGGAAUAUUUGCUGCUGUUUUACAAUGCAUUCAAAAUUUCUCUGUGAUAAUCAUAAAAGGAGGUGUUGGCAAAAACCGGUCAACUGUUGCUGGCACAAGCACAAUAUUUCCCAUUUUGCCAAUUUCCAUAAUAAUGUGCCUGGCAUUUGUAAUAUAUCACAAAUCUCCUACACACAUAUACAUGAACCAUCCAUGCUUGUAUGUGAUCAGCUUUGGCAUGGCAUCAGCAAAAAUAACAAACAAACUAGUGAUUGCACAUAUGACGCGCAGUGAGAUGGAUUUGCUUGACUACACGUUGCUAGGGCCACUCUUUGUCUGCCUCAACCAAUAUUUUGACUGUAAACUAAAUGAAGUCUUCGUACUAUGGAUAUUUUGUAUUUACUGCACAUGUAACCUGUUAUAUUUUGCCAGACAAGUCUGCCUACAAAUCAGCAGAUAUCUAAACAUCUAUAUUUUCACCAUUACAAGAAAGCCAAACCAGGUGAAGGAAAAUACUAGAAACAACCGAACUCGUCAAAAUCAUUAGAGGCCUACUUCCAAGUCCAGCAACCCUGUUGUCACCACAACCCGUCUUUGGACUGGCACCAGGAGAAAUGUAAUCAUUGACAAUACUUCCUGAUAUGGCAACUAAUUUGUUGGAGUCUUUUUUUUUUUUUUUUUUUUUUUUUUUUUUAUUGUCUUUCAUUCUCUAACUUCGUGAACAGGAAAUGGUAUUAUUACAGAUAAGCACUAGUCUAUUAAUGGAAUGGACCAAGGGACUUUCAGUCUACACCAACCUUUCAAUACACUAAAUGCUGUAUAGUAUUGAAGUAACUUCAUGUUAUAAACUAGUGCCCAUCACAACAAACUAACACAAGUGAUGUUUUGAAAUUAAUCUGUAUUUUUACCAAAAUCCCCCCCUCCCCUUCCUCACCAUUUUGUUUUAUUUGCCUGUAUCUGGCCAAAAAGAUACUAUGUCUGGUUACAUAAUGUUUUUGUUAUCAUUAUUAUUAUUAUUAUUAUUAUUAUUAUUAUUAUUAUUAUUAUUAUUAUUAUUAUUAUUAUUAUCAUCAUCAUCAUCAUUAUCAUUUGUAUUGUAUUAAUUGAGUGAAUUUAUAUAUAAUUUUUUUUUUAAAAAUUUUAUUUUAAAAACUGAUUUUAGAUUUAGUCUCCAUAGCAAAUCCCCCCCACAUCCGUAUUUCUGAAUUGAAAGGAAAGACAAUUAGGAAAAAUCAAAUAAUAA